AUGCCUGGAGAGGGCAGGGCUCAAGCACGAGCUGGUAAUACAACCGGCAGCAAUGGCAGGGGUGGCGAGAGCCAUGGUUCCCGACGCCAACGUCCUAAGUGUACCUACCCUUCCUGCGGAAAGUUUGGUCACCUUGAAAGCAAUUGCUGGAAGGCUCAUCCAGAGCUUCGGCCACGUCAAGCUUGGGGUCGCGGUCGAGGCCGGCAUGGUCGGGGUGGGUUCGGCCAACACGGAACAACAAGCGCGAUCGAAGGCCCUCAGGCUGAGAACGAAUGGACUGUAGAGCACACUGGUAACUGGAGUGUUACGCCGCCGACACCCACUUUCCGUCUGUUUGAUCUGCCGCAAGAGAUUCAGGACAGAAUCUAUAAGCAUCUGUACGUCGAAAAGUACGGAGCCUCUGUCUACAUCGUCGACAACAGCAACUAUGCACGCGAUUACAGACAGCACGGCUUACAGAAGUACUUUGUAUUCCGUACCACCAGUUACUCCGUCGAGUUGGCCUGCAAGAAACUCCGUGAUGACACGCACCUCUUGCGCAAAGACGCAUUCAACGGCCAUCUUCAUGUUGAUUUCCACGAGGACUACGGUUGGCAAGCAAUGGAGAGACUGUGCUCAGAAAGUUUCGCCUGGCUCCAGAUUCGCGUCACCGAUCUCAAGAUGGCGGGCUUCAGUGGCAGGGCAAUCAGUGGGAGGGUGUUCGAUGCAUCCACCUGGGAGCAGGAUCUGGAUUUGCUCAAGCACUUUCCUGAGGUUACAACGAUCGAGAUCAAAUACGACAUCACGAAGUACAAGUACCAGGCUGACAUGGACGACAUUGAGACAGACGAGUGGAGGAGACUGCAAGAACCCGGCGCCGAUCAAGCGUUUCUCGAUGGUACGAGAGACAAUGAAUUCUCGUAUCCGGCAAGCAUGCUCGGGAUUUGGGAUCUGAGGGCAUACAUGAAGCAAAAGUCCCACGAGUGUGCCAUCUACAUGAGUGUUCACGUGCAAUGGAUGAGCGACCGCUAUUACAGAAUCUAUGAGGAGGUGAGUACUUUCCUUGCGCAAUUUGAGCAGACGGCUGACAGCAAGUGCAGUCGGUCAAAUUCCUGAUCACGUCCGACGGUCUCGAAGCCGUGGAGAGACGCUAAAAACAAGAGACUUGUAUGCAGGAACGUGAGCUUGCGGACCAACAAAACAUACUUCUUCAGGAAGAGAAUGAGCUAUGGAAAGCUGGUAUUGAUGACAACUAGUUCUGAAGAUUGGGGCACGGCACACAUGGUCAAUCCUGAGACCCAAAUAAGCUCCGAUAGGCAGCGGUCCCCGAUAUCGAAAAGCGAC